AUGAGGAUCUUCAGAGAAACAUUUAGUUCGGUGGAGGAGGUGAUUUUAAAAAUCAAGGAAGGAAUUGAAGAAGUGAUUAAUGGCAAGACCCCCAAAGCUAAAUCAUCCAAAUACUACAAUUGGGAUAGGGAUAUGGAAAGUAAUUGGUCACUCAAAUAUUGGGGGUUGGGGGUCACCCCUGUUCCCAAAACCAAUAAGAAGUUAAUCAGAUGGAUCCCUCCACGAAGUGAUUGGGUCAAAUUGAAUUUUGAUGGAGCCUAUAGAGGGAAUCUUGGCCCAACAGGAAUUGGUGCAGUCAUCAGAAAUUCCUCGGGGAUACUCCUGGGAGGAUUGUUUGGGAGUCUGGGACUUGCCACAAACAACGAAACAGAGAUUAGGGCAUUGGCAGUAAGAGUGGACUUAUGUGUUCAAAAAGGACAUGACAAAAUAUGUAUUGAAGGAGACUCACAAAUUAUCAUCAAUGGAGUCACUAAGUCUGGCUUCUUGAAUUGGAAACUUGACAAGUGGAUACCUUAUAUUAAUGAGUCUCUAGGAUCUUUCAAUUUGUUUGAAUUGAAACAUACAUAUUGGGAAGGGAAUAAGGUGGCAGACCUUCUGGCCAAUAUUGGGAUUGAUAAAAAUAUUGGUACAAUCAUUUUCGGUGAAGAGGAUGCAGACACAGUGGUACUGGAUACUAUUUGGAAUGAGAGACCAGAUAGGCCUUGUACGGGGAUUGGAUAG